AUGGAUGAUCCAGAUUAUGGACAAAAAGCACAAAGACCAGAUAUGACUGAAGAAGAUUUUCAGAUGUCAAAAAGUGAAUUUCUUAAGCAAAUAGGACUUUCAGACCAACAAAGAGACGAUCUACAGAUACAUACGAUAGAUCAAAGUUCUAGUCAAGAAUGGUUAGAAAACAGAAAAAAUCGAUUAACCGCGUCUAUAUUUGGUAAGAUAUGUAAACGGAAAGAAAACAUCAGCUGCGCUCCGUUAGUGAGAUCUAUUGUGAAACCGCAAAUCAUAUCUAAUGUUCCAUCGAUAAAAUAUGGCAAAGCUAAUGAACAAACAGCAUUAGCUCAGUUAUCUCGGCAGGAAAGUAUUACAAUUACUCGCUGCGGUCUAUAUAUAGAUAAAACACUACAAUUUUUAGGGGCGAGUCCCGAUGGUAGUUAUAAAAAUAAAGAGGGAAAAACGGGACUAGUAGAAAUAAAAUGUCCAUUUUCCGCAAAAAAUAUGCAAUCUGACGAAGCUGUUAAAGCGAAGAAAAUAAAAUUUUGGAAGUACAAUGCAAAAAAUAACACUUUUUCGGUUGACAAAAACCACGAUUAUUAUUUUCAAAUUCAGAGUCAGUUAAACAUUACGGAGAUAGAUAUGUGCUUAUUUUCCAUAUGGACUGGAGAGGAGCAUUCUAUGAAAAUAGAAUAUGUUAAGAGAGACCCUGAGUUCUGGCAGGACAAAAUGGUAGGCCCAUUGUCUAAAUUUUAUUUGAAUUGUCUGCUUCUUGAGCUAAUUGAUUCUCGCAUGGAACGCUCGAUGCCAAUCAAAGACCCUCCAUACAUCAUUCAAGCCAUUGAAAAUAAAUAA